CUAAUUCACUGAGUUAACUCGCCAACACGACUUCCGAGGCCACACCAGAAAAAAAACCCUAAUUCCCAACUCAGUUCCUUCUCCAAAUUUUCAAGAUCAGCGAAUCCAUUGCACUCUAACGGUACGUUCCCUGUUUCUCUCACUUCUUCAAGAACUCUCUCAUUCACAAUUCACUCAAUUUUGCGGCAACAAACAGCGAAAUUAGGGUUCAAUUUUCAAAUGUACAUUGGGUUUUAUCGUUGCAUAGUUGCUGCAGAGUUUCAAUUAGAUUGAUGAAAUUUAGUUUUUUUUUUUGGAUUGGAAUCACUGAUUUUCGGGAAAGUGAAGAUGGGUUUGGAGUAAAAACGUGAAUUCAUGUGAAUUUUAUGACUCUGAUUUUGUAUUCUGUCGUGAAUGAAGCUGUGUCAGUUAAAGACGCUAAUAACUGAUGAAAUAUGUGUAUGCCCAUUUGGUUAUUGUUAGUUUUAUGUGUCUUAUGGGUAGUAUCACUGAGGAUCAAUGUGUGGUUUUGGGUUUGUUAAUGGAGUUUCAAGUUCAGGGUCUUUGAAAUUGAGUUAACUAGCUAGGGGGAAGAUUUGGGACACAGCUAUGGGUACCCCGGUUUCGGAUGGAUCAGUUUCGAAGCGGUCAUUGAGAAGGAAAUCAUGUGUGCCAAAUUACGAUGAGAAUUUAAUGGAUGAGUUCAUAGAGAAACAUUUGGGUGGUUCUUUAAAGAAAAGGAAUAGGACCAAGAAAGAUUUGGAGAAAGAAACCGAAACCGAGGCAAUGAUAGCUUUCUCGUUAGGUUUCCCAAUUGAUGCAUUGCUUCAAGAGGAAAUUGAAGCUGGGGUUGUGAGUGAAUUGGGUGGGAAAGAACAAAAUGAUUACAUUGUCGUGAGGAACCAUAUUCUCGCGAAGUGGAGAGAUAAUGUACGGACAUGGCUUUCGAAAGGACAAAUUAAGGAAACCGUUAGCAACGAAUAUGAGCAUUUGAUAUGUUCGGCUUAUGACUUUCUUUUGUAUAAUGGGUUCAUAAAUUUUGGGGUUUGGCCAUCAUUCACAUCUCAUAUUCCUGAAGAGGCAACUGAAGGGUCUGUGAUUAUUGUUGGUGCAGGACUUGCUGGGUUGGCAGCAGCAAAGCAGCUCUUGUCAUUUGGCUUCAAGGUGAUUGUUCUUGAAGGUAGGAAUCGACCUGGGGGUAGAGUUUAUACUCAGAAGAUGGGUCAAAAGGGUCAAUAUGCUGCUGUAGAUCUUGGUGGCAGCGUAAUUACCGGUAUACAUGCCAAUCCCUUGGGUGUCUUGGCUAGACAACUUUCUAUUCCUCUUCACAAGGUCAGAGAUAAAUGCCCUUUGUACAAGCCUAAUGGGGCACCUGUUGAUAAGGAAGUUGAUUCCAAUAUCGAACUCAUCUUUAAUAAGCUACUUGAUAAAGUGACUGAAUUGAGAAAAAUUAUGGGUGGAUUUGCGAAUGAUAUUUCUUUGGGUUCAGUGUUGGAGACACUUCAGCAAUUGUAUGGUGUAGGUAGAAGUACUGAGGAAAGAGAACUUCUUAAUUGGCAUUUUGCAAACUUGGAAUAUGCAAAUGCUGGAUGCCUUUCAAAUCUUUCUGCUGCCUAUUGGGAUCAAGACGAUCCUUAUGAAAUGGGUGGCGAUCAUUGCUUUCUUGCUGGUGGAAAUUGGAGAUUGAUAAAAGCAUUGUGUGAAGGAGUUCCCAUUUAUUAUGGAAAGUCAGUUCAUACGAUAAAAUAUGGAAAUGAAGGUGUUGAGGUUGUCUCUGGGGACCAAGUUUUUCAAGCAGAUAUGCUCCUGUGCACUGUGCCUCUUGGGGUUCUAAAGAAAAAGAGCAUCAAAUUUGAACCAGAAUUGCCUGAAAGAAAGCUUGCAGCAAUCGAGAGAUUGGGUUUUGGGUUGCUGAAUAAGGUUGCCAUGGUGUUUCCGUAUGUAUUUUGGGGGGAAGAUCUGGACACAUUUGGCUGUCUUAGUGAGUACAGCCAUAGCCGUGGAGAAUUCUUUUUGUUUUACAGUUACCAUACUGUUUCUGGGGGCCCAGUGCUUAUUGCACUGGUAGCUGGGGAUGCCGCACAAUCUUUUGAAUGCAUGGAUCCAUCAACUUUGCUUCAUCAUGUUCUAAGCAUCCUCAGAGGUAUAUAUGGUCCAAAGGGCAUUGAUGUGCCAAAUCCAAUACAAACUAUAUGUACAAGAUGGGGCAGUGAUCCACUUUCCUAUGGCUCAUACUCUCAUGUCAGAGUACGGUCAUCUGGCAGUGAUUACGAUAUACUUGCAGAAAGUGUGGGAAGCAGGCUGUUCUUUGCUGGUGAGGCCACAAAUCGGCAAUAUCCGGCAACCAUGCAUGGUGCCUACUUGAGUGGCUUAAGAGAAGCUUCAUGCAUUUUCCGAGCCAUAAGGGGUUGGCAAAACAAUCCUUGGAAGUAUAUACAGAAGCAUGUUGUACCAAGCAAUGAUAUUCUGUUUGAUCUGUUCAAGAAGCCUGAUUUAGCAUUUGGAAACUUCUUGUUUGUAUUUGAUUCUCUGACAGAAGAUGCAAAAUCGAUGGGGAUUAUGAGUGUUACUCUUGGAGUGUCUAAUGGUGAAUUUGUUAACAGACAUUCUUGCAAAAAGGAGAGAGAAAAUGGUUGCCACAAUUCCUCAAACCAACCAGUGCAGCUUUAUGCAAUAUUAUCUCGUCAACAGGCACAUGAGUUACAAUUAGUGAAUGGAGGGAAUCAGAAUAGAUUGUCAUAUCUACUCAAAAAUCUCCACUUGAAGUUAAUGGGAGCUAAUGCUUUGGGUUUCUUUGGUAACUCCUUGGCUGCUAACAUUGCUAGUGCACGAAGAGGCAGAGGCAGGAAUCGCGUGUCUGCUGGACUACAAUAUGCUUCAUAGCUAUGCUAUUAUUCUCAUUGACUUCAGUUCCCUCCUGUUUUAGCGUUGUUAGUUCUGCUGUAUACCAUUCUUCGAAAAAGAGAUGCUAGAAGGUCUGCAUGCCUUUGCUACUUAGUUACCCCUCUUUGUAUAUAAUUUAGCCUGGGGGUUAUUCACUGACCUGGGGGAAAUCAAUUUUUUGGAGUUUGACCAAGAUAGCCCAGUUAGUUUUUGGUUGCUUAGCACUUGAACCAGGGCAUUGAUUAGCUUAGUUUGGACGAAGCAUCACAAAGAAUCCAAGGAGCAGUUCUGCAUGGAAUCUUGGUAAUGUCAUGUAUUCCAGCUCUGUGCUCAUUGAUUCCAUUCUUGAAUUCUUGUAUUUUUGGGAUUUUCCUGCUCCUCCAAUGCAACUGGUAUGUGUACACUAGAAAUUUUUGUUUCUUGCUCUGUAAUAGCAUUUUUUUUUUCCUUCAAAAGAACAUGACUUUUACUGUAGUUAAGUGAUGAGGAACAAAAUGUACUAAAA